UGUCAUAGGUUCACAAAUCCUACAUCCCCAGUGCCUAUAAAGAGGCUACAUUAUUGCCACCAUGCACUUGCAUGCAUCUCAGUGAGAUCUAAUUACACACUUCCACAAUAUUCAUAUCACAACAUUGCCGAAUUAAAUCUCCUUUCUGUUCCUUUCUUGUUGGUCAUCAAAUGGCUAAUCCACCUUCAUUGAUAUUGUUGGGCCUCUUGGCUCUCUCAUUCUCGCUCGUUUUAGCAGUUGAUCAAAGUACUCUUCAAGAUUUCUGUGUGGCUGAUCCAAAUGGCCAAGUCUUGGUGAAUGGUCUGGUGUGCAAGGACCCAAAACUAGUUGAAGCAGAGGACUUCUUCUUCAGCGGGCUUCACAUGGCAGGCAACACAUCAAACCAAGUAGGGUCUAAGGUGAGUCCAGUUUUUGCAGCUCAGGUUCCAGGAUUGAACACUCUGGGCAUCUCCUUAGCUCGCAUCGACAUCGCUCCAUGGGGCAUCAACCCUCCUCACUUACACCCUCGAGCUACCGAGAUCCUGACUGUUCUUGAGGGACAAAUUGAAGUUGGAUUUGUGACAUCAAACCCAGAAAAUCGCUUCAUCAGAAAACUGUUGCAGAAGAGUGAUGUGUUUGUGUUCCCAAUAGGGCUCAUCCACUACCAGAAAAACGUUGGUGGUGGUUAUGCUGUGGCCAUUGCAGCACUCAGCAGCCAGAACCCAGGAGCUAUAACCAUUGCUAGUGCUGUGUUUGGGUCUAACCCAAACAUACCCAGCAAAGUUCUUGCCAGAGCUUUCCAAUUGGAAGACAAUGUUGUUAGUUACCUGCAGCAUAAGUUCUAGAACAAGUGGUUUUUUUUUUUUUUAAAAAUGUGUUUGAGUUUCAUGGUACAUGUUUGAGUGGUCUUGAAUAUUGAGGUAUUCCAUUGCAUUUGUUUCAACGUAUUAUUAAAAUAUAAUGCUUGUACUGAUAAUUUGGUUUUAUGUUCCGUAUAUACGUUCAUUUAUACGUUGAUGUACGUUUUAUAUUAUUAAUGUGUUAGUGAUGUGCAA